UAAGCAGCUGUAUUUUGCGCCCAGUCCAAUGUCUCUAACUCCUGCAAGUGGUACGGGACGAUUUUGGGCUCGAUCGGCUAAAAUUUUGCGAUUUGUACGCCAGGGAUGCACAAAUCGACCAUUUUAUCAUAUCGUUGUUACAGAGCGCCGAAGGGAUCAAUACCAACCAGUGAUUGAGCAGUUGGGAACCUACGAUCCUAUUCCAAAUGAACACAAUGAGCAGCUUGUAUCAUUUAAUUACGAACGCCUUCGACACUGGAUUGGCAGCGGCGCUCACAUAUCAAAGCCGGUAGCAGAGUUAUUAGGAAUUGCUGGAUUGCUGCCUGUUCACCCGCGCACUUACAUGACGGCAUGGCGAAAUAGACAAAUGGAGGAAAAGUUGGCUCAAAUUGAAGCUGUAAAAAAUCCAGAAAACCAAGAAAUUUCCAAUAAUUGAACACCAGAUAAAGUUUUGUAGUUUGUAGUAGAGUAAAUAGAAUUGCGAAUUUUCCGUUCGUGUAAAAACAUUUAUGUAGUUUAUCUUUUGGAAGAGAUUCAAGCUCCGUUUUCUAUGAACAUUAUUAAACCAUUAGCAUCUGUUGGAUGUGCAGCUUUUCUGAGAAUUGGAAUGGUGCUUUUUACCUAGAACUUUUUCGUUUGGUAGGCUGAGAUCUACAUUUAAUUCAUUAUGACAAGCACGUUCAACGUUAAAGAAAAUGUAAUGUACUAUAAUUAUGAAGAAUUUUUUAAUUUUUGAAAAACGAUUCACCAUUACCAUCUAUUAAAUGU